ACCGGUCCUGCUGUCUGUCAGACGAUUGUCUCGGGUUUCCUCCACCCUCCCUCCUCUCCUGCCAGUGUCAACUUGUGGCUUUAGAUUUAAGGGGUUUGUCUGACACCGCUCCAUCAAACAAGGUCUCUGAGGCAGCUGGAGAGAGCCGGACAGCAGCCAGCACUGAACAGGCAGAGCUUUUCCUCCUCUCUGGUAGAAGCACCCUGUUCUGGACGCAGUUUUUGGAAGCCUUGCAAUGACCUGAUCUGCAUGCUGUGACCUGUCACUUCUGUUCUCUGCAGUCACUGAAGGAAGAGGGGGAAAGCUAUACAACACCCAAGAGAAACUGUACAGGAAUCCUGUGGGAGAGGGAAACCUGCAGGCAUACUGGGCUGGCACACCUCCCUCCCUGUUGUCCAGAUUGCUACAGGCAAGGACUCUGCUUCCUGGCAAAAGCCCCCACAGCCGUCAGCAGGACUGAAACCCAGACACCUAGACUGUGCAAGAAAUGGCUGAAGGGGAAAUCACGACAUUCACAGCUUUGACGGAGAAGUUUGACCUCCCAAUGGGGAAUUACAAGAAGCCCAAACUCCUUUACUGCAGCAACGGAGGCCAUUUCUUGAGGAUACUUCCUGAUGGCAAAGUGGAUGGUACAAUGGAUCGAAAUGACCAACACAUUCAACUGCUUCUAAGUGCAGAAAAUUUGGGUGAGGUGUACAUAAAGAGCACAGAGUCUGGGCACUACUUGGCCAUGGAUGCCAAUGGCCGUUUAUAUGGCUCGCACGUGCCAACGGAAGAGUGUUUGUUCCUGGAGAGAAUGGAAGAAAACCAUUACAAUACCUACACAUCAAAGAUGCACGCAGAUAAAAACUGGUUUGUCGGCCUGAAGAAGAAUGGGAAAAGCAAACUGGGACCGCGGACUCAUUAUGGCCAAAAGGCAAUCCUCUUCCUUCCCCUGCCAGUUUCACCUGACUAGAUAGUCUCCCCACGUAGCAAAAUAUGUUCCUUAGAACGAAGCAGCCAGUAGACUUUUCCCUUUCCUUUCCUUCGAUUCUCCCUCCUGCUGGGGAACAUGAAAAAGAUGUGGGAGAUGAAAAAAGUGCAAAGCAAUUCCAUAAAACGUGCAUGUAUACAAGCAGAGUGCACAGGCAUCUCAGAUGCACUGCCUCGAAGACGAACCAGGUCACUUAAUAGUCAUACAACAGAACGUACCUUGGUGUUCAGCUUCUACAGUCAUAUAUGUAGCAAAGCUCCCCUUUUCCUGAAACCCGCAUUUAAACAAUAUGAUCUAACUUCCAGACAGCUUUUUCAUAAUCCUUGUGUAUCACAUGGAAUCAUAACCAACAAUGCUGAAGCUAUCCUAUUAUUUAAAACAAAUUUAACUAUGUGCUUAUAGGACCAGGAUCCUUGCUUCUUAAAAAGUAACAUUGCUCUGGUUCUUGGUAAUAUUUCUGUAAUAUAUAUUUAUUUAUUAAUAAGACUGUAUACAAUCUAUGUUGUUAGGCCAUUUUAACUGUAGACAAUCAAUAUUGUGUAUAUUACAUAAGACCGGUGCUUUUUUUCUGGGGAGAUACAGGGGUAUGCAU